GUAGCUGUCAUGGCGGUGGCUCGGAGGCUACAGCUGUGCGCCGUGGCUCCCACAGCGAAACACUCCGCUUCUGUGCUCUUCCUCCACGGAUCAGGUGACACUGGGCAGGGUCUGAGAGCCUGGGUCAGAGACGUGAUGACCCCAGACCUGGCCUUCCCCCACAUCAGAGUUCUCUACCCCACAGCCCCAGAGAGACCCUACACUCCGAUGCGAGGUGCUCUGUCUAACGUCUGGUUCGACCGGUUGAAGAUUUCCCAGGAUUGUCCAGAACAUCUCAACUCCAUCGACUCCAUGGCUCAGAGUUUAGGCUCUAUUAUUCAGGACGAGGUGGACGCUGGCGUUCCCAAACACCGGAUCGUCAUCGGUGGGUUCUCAAUGGGAGGAGCCAUGGCGUUGCACUUGGCCUGUCGCUUCCACCCCGACAUCGCCGGGGUCUUCGCUCUCUCCAGUUUCCUCAACAAAGAUUCUGUGGCUUUUCAGGCAGUGGAGGAGCGGCAGAGGUCCUGUCUCCCUGUCCCAGACCUCCUGCAGUGCCACGGGAGCAGUGAUGAGCUGGUCUUGUUUCAGUGGGGUGAGGAGACAUCGGCUUUGCUCCAAAACGCCGGGAUGAGGAGCACGUUCCAGUGUUUCCCAGGACUCCACCACCAGAUCUGUGGCCCAGAGAUGGAGCUGGUGCGUGGGUGGAUCCUGAGCCGACUGCCCCCCUCUGGCUCCUGAGCUCCAAACUCAAGGACCUGACACUGACUUACAGCGUGUAACUAAGUUUAUAUUUUUGUAUUUUAAUUUUUAUGCAGAAAAGAAAAACAGACAGGACUGUGUCUGCAACAUAAACUGCAAACCACAUCCAAAGUGGGAUUUCAUCUCCUCCACAAACAACAUAAUCUCCUGUUUUAUUCUGUAUAAAAACAUCAACAUUAUGCUCAUUUUCUACAGAGCUACCAUUGAGUCAGUUCUAAGAUAUGGAAUCACCAGCUGGUUUGGAAACUUGCUGGUCAAAUCAAAAACUCAAAUUUUAAAUCUGGUGAGGACAGCGGGGAAAAUUAUGGGCUGUGCUGUCCCUCUGAGCCCUCAAGAACUUUACGAACAGUCCAUGAGACAGACCAGGAGCAUUCUCUCUGACCCGACACAUGUGUUGUACCCUGAACAUGAACUAUUGAGUUCAGGGAGGAGGUACAGGGCACCACGGUGGAGAUACAACAGAUAUAAACAUUCAUUUGUACCUGUUUCAGUGAAACUGUUAAAUGAUAAAUGAUGUAAAAAUGAGUGAUGGUGUGUGGAGAGAGAUGUAUUGCACCCUGUGUAUGGUUCUGUUGUUUACUGUGGUGUGAGCAGCCCAUUGGUCUAAGAAAAAUUUCUCCUAAGGGAGACAAAUAAAAGAAAUCUUGAAUCUUGUCAAACCCUGUAGUUCAUAUCUGUACAAACCUGUUCUGAAAUGUGGUUCUUGUAUUAGUUUAUAUUUCAGUGUUUUUAUUAGUUCUUCUGGAUGGAGGCACUGCUCUGUCUGAAGCUCUGUUACUUUAAUCUGAGCUUUGUUUUAGCACAAUCUGAGCAUAAAGCACUUUAUUUCCAAUUAAAUUCACUCGUAUGUAAACACAGCUAAUGCUAAAGCGGAGGCUAAAGAAAUGUAACUAAACUAAACUAAACUACGAAUUACAUUUUUCUUUUCAUCAAACAGACCAGUUUGUUUACAGAUAGAUCGAUAUAUAUCGGGAUGAUAUUUGGGCUUUUUAGCGUAUGAAAUCUUCAGCAGAGGCUGAUGUUUUGUUUUUGUUGAUCUGCUGCCUGAAAAAUCUAGAGAAAGCUUUAUACUAACACUUAAAUAUGAAGAGAAACAUCACCACAGCGCUCUCAUAAGGCUGUGGUAAAAAAAAAAAAAAAAGGGCUUGGGGUGAGUUUGCAGUACAGUGGUCCCUCACUAUAUCGCGGUUCACCUUUCGCGGUCUCACUGUUUUGUGAAUUUGUUUAAUGCAAUUUUGCAUGCUUUUUUCUUUUUUACAGCGUCUGAUGGUGCAUUGUGUUCUGUGUCCUGAUUGGCUGUUGGACUGGUGACCAUUGUCCAUCAGUCUCCUCCGUGUCUCCUGUACAGUACAGAAUGUGUUCAAACAAAUUUACAUAAAUGUUGGAUCACAGUGUGACUCUGAAGUGCUGUAUGUUUGCAAG